AUGUACGAGUUUCAUUUAUGGGGUUCUGGGAAUCGUGCCUCGGUUUUAUCUGCUGAGAGCAUUGCUUUACAAUGGCUGUUAUGUCACUAUCUGAAUGAUACAGACAUUGAAUUUACCAUUGUGUAUUCCAAUAAUGCGGAUAAUUCGCCCACUAGGGAGUUGCCAUUGAUGGUAGAUCUGUCUAGUGGCCAAAAGACUGCCUCCUAUAGAGAUAUAUCGAAACGGUUGGUAUCGUUGAGGGGUGGAAACGAAAAACAGACGUUGCUGCAAGAAGCUUUGCUCCAGUACGUUAUUUCUGAUGUCAAUAAGUUGACAGAGUACCAAUUGUAUGUGAACAAACGCAACUUUGAAGAACUGACGAGAAACCUGUAUUCACAGUUAUUGUACUGGCCAUUGUGGAACAUUGUACCCUCUCAGAAACGUAAUGAAGUUAUGUUAAGAAUCGAGAACUGGAUCGGUGAUGUGCCUGAUGGAAACGGGGAGAUAUCGACUUACGAGGAUGUCACAAUUGAAGAGGUGGAUGCAAAACAGAGCGAGGCGGUGGAGAACAUGGCUCAGUCCAAGACGUUUGCCAUUAAGAAUGCGGCUGCCAGAAAACAGAGAGAAGAGUUACAAAACAUCAAACACAAUGCAACGUUCCUCUACAGAGUUAAUGCUGUCUACAAGAAAUACACAGAAAUCAGUUCGCAACUGAAAAACAGUGACAGCAUGCAUACCUCCGUGGUAAAACUACUGUUUUUGGCAAAUGUGUUCAUCUGGUCCCAACUUCCCAACUAUAAAGAGAUCAAAACACAUCUUUUAAAAGACGUCGACGUAGACAAGAACGAGUAUGAGAAAUUAUUUGACAAAAUAGAAUCAUUGAACUCAGGAACCAAAUCCGGUAUCACUAUAAGAAAACCAUACUUUAAAGAACAAUGCAAUAUUAUUAUGACUUUAUACAAUUAUAUAGCAAGCUACAUAUGA